AGACAACACACUAGGCUCGCAUCCAUUCUCUCUUUACAUAUAAGAUAGGCAGGAACUAAAAUGACAACCCUUCCUAAUGUGUGGCACCUCCGGCGCGUGGCGGAUACGGCCGCAAAAGCCUGCCUGAUCUGCUACAAACCAUCCAGCAGUGUUUUAAUCACGCCCAACAACAAAGACUACUUCUAUGUUUGCCCGGUGCACCUCAAGGACCGGCAUUUCUGCUCGCCCAUUGUUGAUGCCGAGGAAGAGGCAGCGAAGAAAAAGGCCGAGGCCAUGGCAAGGGAGAUCGAAAAGGUAAAGAAGGAGUAUGAGGAAAAGCAGCAACGAAAGAAGGAGAAGGAGAAGGAGAAGGAAAAGAAUGACGAUCCUAAGGACGACAAGGACAAAGACAAGGAAGACUCUAAAAAGGCAGACGAUAAGAAGGAAGAGAAGGAGCGGGAUGAUAAGAUUGACGCUAUCAAAAAGCAAGGUACAUCUACGACAGAUGACUCGCCGCGGAUCUUCGCUUUGCAUAAGAAACGUGGCGGGGCGUCACAACGCUAG